AGUACUCAAAUUACCAAGAAGUUCAUAGCAAUUAUAAAAGUGGAUUAUAUUAUGGCUGAUGAAUUUUUUCAAGCUCAUGGAGAAAGCUGGUGGAUUAAUUCAACGAAAAAUAUUUGCAGUUUAUCUUCAAUUCAUGAGCCAAUUAUUGGACAAUAUUUUGCAUGGCCAAAUGAAUUUUUGGACAUGAAAAAUAAUAGUUUCAUUAAUGAUGAUUAUAACUCUAAUACUUCCGAUGACUCAAUGGUUUUUCAAGAAUUGACCAAAAAUGAUCAGAAUUUGUUAGUGGAUUCUACUCUACAAAUUUUGGAUAUUAAUGGAAAUUCUUCUUCAUCAUCAUCAUCACAAGAUUGGAAUCACUCACUCCAAGAAGUCCUUACAAAUUCAAGCCAGAAUUAUCAACAUCAAAAUGAGUUGAUGAGGAACUUUUCUAGCAUAAGUAAUCAAGAUUUCACUAAUUACUAUUCAAAUUUGAUUCAAACACUAUUUGAUAGUGCUAAUGAGGAUCAUAAUCAAGAACAACAACCUCAACAAUCUUUGUUUGCUAACAACAAUAAUCCUCCAAUCAAUGAUUUUGAACCUUCUUUGCCUAAGUCUAAUAUUGAAGAAAUUGGAGAGUCCAAAUCAAGAUUAUCAAUUAUUACUAAGAAUAGCACCAAUGAACCAACAUACAAAAGGCAAAGAAUUGAAACACCAUCACCAUUGCCAACUUUUAAGGUGAGAAAAGAGAAAUUAGGGGAUCGAAUAACUGCCCUCCAACAAUUGGUUUCACCUUUUGGAAAGACUGAUACAGCAUCAGUUCUCCAAGAAGCUAUUGAUUACAUCAAUUUUCUUCAUGAUCAAGUCAAUGUUUUGAGAACCCAAUUUGUGAAAAAUGGAUCAUCCACUCAACAUCAACAGGUUAAAGAACAAGAAGGAUUAUUAAAACGAGAUUUAAGGAGCAAAGGAUUAUGUUUAGUACCAAUAUCAAGUACUUUUCCAAUAGUAGCUGAGACUACAAUGGAUUUUUGGACACCAACAUUUGGAGGAACAUUCAGAUAAAAUACAGUUCGCUGUACUAAAAUUUCUGCUGUAUGGAAUUUUGGACACCAACAUUCAGAUAAAAUACAGUUUGAUGUACUUAAAUUUCUGCUGUGUGGGAGCUUCGAAGAAGGGCUGAAACACAAAAAGUGGAAGAAAAUGAAGUGUACUUCAAGUCCAACUGAAGACAACCAAAUGAAAUAGAUUAAGGAAAAUGAUUAAUUAGAGGAUAAUGUAGAGUUGUAAUUAAAAAUAACAAUAAUAGAGUGGGUUAGGAACAAACAUGUCCACUAGUAUAGGUUCUAAAUUUAGCUUAUGUUUUGGAUUACUUUAUUAAUUUCCAUCUCAAAUUAUUUGUCGUAUUUUUUUUUUACACGUUAAGAAAAUAUUAAUUAAGAAAUGGUUUAACGUUGGUUGAGCUAAA